CAUAGAAAGUCGCGACCACGAGCACCAGUUGCCUGCCAAGUGAGAAUUAUCUCACUACGGAUGUAAUGGCUUAGCACACCGAGACGGUUAAUUUAUUCCGAAAAGAUUUAAAAAUGUCGUCGGAAACAAACUUUGCUGUGAAUAGGACUGGCUUUAUCAACUCUGCUUUGGCUGAAGAAAGCAGCAGCGAGGAUUCGUCCGAGGAGGAAGAUGGCCAGACAGUCAACAUUCAAGUGCCAUCGACGCACUUCUCAAACGUGCAAGUGAAGCAUUCCAGCAAUGUGCAUUUCGGGAACAGUGCAGUGUACAAUGGGGACGUGACUGUGAUAAUGAGUCCGAUCGAACUGUCCCGAGCGGACACUAGUUUGCAGCAGUUGAAAGGGGUCGCAGAAAAAACGGUGCUCGUUUCUUCAGGGCUACCAAAUAACCUGGACGAUGACAGCAAAUCCAAGCUGGCGGCGGUCGAACAAAUUCUCGGCAGAGUACGACAGAGCCAAGACCAAGUAACUUCAAAUACUAAAAGAAACCAGCGGUCCACGCUUUGUUUUAAAUUUACACUGAGGAGGCUGAUCGCCUUCAUAUCAAUGUUGACUGUCAUCGUUGGUCUCAUCAUAGCCCUGGUUCUGAUCUGGAAUCUGAAGGGCAGCCAAUCUAAGAUUUACGAGAGUGAAUACCAGUGUCCCGAAUAUGAUAAGGAAAGCAAUGUCAUAAAUGGAACGGAAGGUUCUGCGCCAUAUUACUCGAGAAUAGAUUGGCUGGCCCAGCCUGUGGAUGUCUCGGAUCCACUUCAUCAUCCAGUCGAGUUUGUGAUUAUAAGUCACUCUGCGACCAACCCAUGCUACAAUCACACGCAAUGUGUUCUGCAAGUCCGAAAAAUUCAGAUGUUCCACAUAGAGAGUUUUGGCUGGGCUGACAUAGGGUACAAUUUCGUGGUCGGAGGAGAAGGAGGAAUCUACGAAGGGCGCGGUUGGGACAAAAUUGGUGCGCACGCCAAGGGCUACAACAACCGCAGCAUUGGUGUCAACUUCAUUGGCACAUACGUCACUGUGCUGCCGUCAGAGAGACAAAUGAUGGCGGCAAAAAUUUUGAUUGAAGAAGGAGUGAGACUUGGAAAAGUGAGUCCGGAGUACAAGCUCAUAGCGCACCGGCAAGUGUCAAAAACAGAGUCUCCCGGGAUACGAUUUUUCCUAGAGUUGCAAUCUUGGCCCCACUGGGCUGCAUUUUACGAUCUGCCAAAAUUUCCGCCAUAGACCGACUAUAUCAUACAAUUAUAUUCGAAAUCGAAACUGAUAAGUGCAAUUAUUAUUAUGUAUUAAGGAAAAUAAAAACUUUAAAUGCAAAUAU